CGAACGGUGAGCAUCGAUCAAACUUUACCGGAGUGGCCACAUCGAUGGCAAAGUGAUUUUUCAGUAUCUCGAGCAACCCCCAUGCCGGCUAGAAGCAUCAGUUUUUAGUUUUUAUCUGUUCUUUUUCACAAGUUUACGUGAUGAACGGUUCUAUGAAAAUGAACAAUUUUUUACAACGAAUGCUCAAAAAGAGCGAAGACGAGUUGGAUGGUGAAAAAUUAAUUCUCGGCCGUACGAGUCUCAAGGUCGAAAAUUUUCCACACUGCGAGACGCCGAAUCGGGUAAGAAAUCGGAGUACGUGCUCACUCAACGAGACUAACUCGCCGCCCAUUCCGAGAAGCCCUUCGAGGCCAAUCACUUUGAGAACCGAAGGAUAUCAGAAAAAUUAUCAAAGGAAUAGCAUGCCCGGCCUGAGGACGCCGGAAAAUACAAGCGACACUGAAGACAUCCCAAAAAUUGAGAAAAUCAGGCGCGAAUUCGAAAUGGGAUUCUUGUCACCGACGAAACGGGAAAACAAGGAAGUUGCCACGAGGUCGGGACGUUUCGUCAAAAAACUCGUUGCAGCUUUCGAAGAAAAAUACAACAAAACAUUCAAUGAAGUCAAAACGGAGGCGAAGCAAAUCUCAAGGGAAUCCGAAUCGAGCGACGACGGUUCGUUCAGAGAUGAGGCAACAAUUGUGGACAUGAUGGAGGAGAGUAUGGCAAUAUUGAGCGACACGUACGUGAUCGAGAGUCUGGAGAGUCGUCUCUCUCGGUACCUGAACUCGUACAUCGCGUCAUCAUCAUUCCGCGAAGAAGAAUCACCGAGCGAGAGCGAAGGGAGUCUCGAUCUCGGCAAAAGUUGUCUCACGAUGGACGAGGAAUUGCAUUUCCCGAAGAAAAAUAUGUCACAAAAAAAGGUAAUGUCGCGUCCGAAAUCCGAUACGAUAUUGAUGAGACCAAUGGCCAAGGAUGAAGCGAUGCAAUCGUCGAGGAAUCUCGUCAGAAGAGAUUCGUCGCUGAGACGAGAAAGGCAGCCAAAAAUCGUGGGUGCUUAUUUGAAGGAGCCGGUUGAGGUCGAAGACACGUCGAUCGACUGGAUCCCGAUAAGAGAUCAAAAGCUACCUCGAAAAAGGUCCUUCAAGAAACUGCUGUCGAUGCUGACCGGUAAAAAAUCAUCGGUCAAAACCUCCAAAUUGUAUUGCUCCGAGAUAAAUCUUCAGGAGGAAACGACGAAAGAAUUGCUCCAAGAUUCGGGCUACGACGAGAAAUCGGGCUCUUCGUCGUCCCUCGUCUCGCUCGUUUCCAUCGGCGAUCUCAUGCUCCAACAGAAGUUUGGACAGCCCGCACCCCUCGAGGACGACCGGAGAGCGUACAACAUGACCACGUUCCAGAAGCCUCCGGCAUCCAACCUCGAGCACGUCAGCAUCAACGAGAACGACGACAAUUUCCCGGACGAUGAUUUCUCCUCGACGAGCGACGAAGCCUCGGACACCUCGAGCAUUUCCUCGAAGAGAAUCCUACUCGAGGAAGUCUCGCGAUCCGAACUGAGGCUCUCACUCGGCCCAGCGUUUCCCUGCGCCCCCGGAGCCAAAGUAGUUUGCUCCUUGGGUCGCAAAGCGAAUCCCAAAAACGCGAAAAAUAAUUGGACUUUCCUGGACGAGAUCGAACCCAUCGCCCCACCUUUGCCCAAGCAUCCUUUCAUUUCCGCGAGAAAAAUGCCCGUCGACGAUUGCGACGGUGGAUCGAACGGCUCAUCGGACAAAAUCGGGAGUCAAAUCGACAUGAGCUUCUCAGAUUUCGACAACGUCGAACUCCGGAAAAAACUUCAAACUUGGACAUUCCCCGGGGAAGAUUGCCACUACGAUACACCGAGAAGAUACCUCUCCAAGUCAGAGCCCGGCCUCCUGAGCCUUGAUAAACUACGAAACAUCGGAAAACUGCCGAGCGAGAUCGUCUACGACGUGCCUAAACCAAAAAUCCCGAGGAGACCGAGAUCCAGUAUUUACGAUGAUGCUCUCUCGCUGAAAAGACGCAACGACAAUUUCACGAGUCACCGGCCCCCUUUGUCCAGCGAAUUUUACGGGUUUCCCACCACCCAGGAACCCCAUUACGCCACCAUCAAACCCAGGAACAUGAGAAUGAUUCAGGGCCGACAAUUUCUCAGGUCCAUCGGCGACCUCAACUGCAAUAAUCCUCUCUAUGCUAAUUAUUACGGUGAUUCUCCCAGAAAUGGAAUCAUCGUCUAAUCCAAUAUCAUUUAUCCGAAUAAGUUUGAUUCGAGUGAUUGGUUAUAUCGUCGAAUUUUAUACGUAUACGUAACGACUACGAAAACAAAUGAAUUUUACGUAAAUGUAUGUAAUUAGCACAAAAAUACUGAUUUUGGCAUCAUCUUCGGACGGCUGGCUGCAUCAGAAUCGGAAAAAAGCUUGCCACGAUCGAGUUUCUGGUAUAACUAGUCACUUUUUUAAAUCAAAACUAAUAUUACUUAUUUUUAUGAUAAAUAGAGCUUCGAAGAAUUAUCGAGUUCUCAGGCCGAGUCACAGCAAAUCUUCAAGAUUCACAAAAAUCCAUUUGUAUUGUUAAUCGAGAGGAAUUAAUCACGACUUUCUGCUUUCAUGAAUAUCGGGCUUGUCGGGCGUACGACAGGUGCUUGAUUAUUUUAUUGGAGAGUCGUCACAACGCGCGCCGGAGUCUCGUGUGUUUCUCCGGAAACAUCGUUCGACCGAGAUCUCGCCUGGGCGCUCAGAAACCGCGCUCGGCUUCGCGAAAAUGUUUCUUGUAAGUUUAAAAAUAGAUCGCGCUCUAGCCAAGUCAUUUAAGGUUGAUUGUACACUCGAAAUCUUUCGAAGACUAUUUUAUGAGAUCGAUUGGCAGGGGAACGUUCGCACUGUCCGAAAGAGUCUCUUCCAUUUCAGUGAGAAAUGUGAUAACGAGAGCUCGAGGGGACGAAUUUACGAGUCAUUUGGGCAGUGUGAGGAAAGAAGAUGCAAAUAAGAGACUUUCGUAUAUUUCGUGAAGAAAUAUUUGAGACGAAGAGUGCCAUUUUGCUGGGAGGUUCAAAAUAAACGAAGCGCUUCGAGUAAAUUGUCCGGGAGUCUUCUGCAUAUUUCCCUGAGAAAUGUUUCAGCAAGAGCUCGAACGAGGAUUUUCUUGAAGAGGGGGAAAAAAGAUCGAGAAAAUGGGUUAUUUGGAAAAUGCGUUGAAGCAGGAUGCAAGAAAACUCUCGUAUGUUUCGUGAAGAAAUAUUGAGCACGAGACGUGUGUUCAGGGAAUCAGAGAUGAAAAAUGAAUUGUUCAAAGGAGAAUAAGCUUGAUAUCUUUGAGAAGAAAAAACUAAGAACCGUGCGCGACUCACAAUCUGCCUCGAAUCUUCAGCAUGUACAUAUAUGCGGAUGCAAGUUUGCAGUCGACGAAAAACGCAAAUGAAAUUAAUUCGUAUCGCACACGAGGCACACAUUUUAUUGAUGACCGAAUCAAGAAAAAGAUUGUGAUCAAUAAGUUGAGAAAUACCGAAUUGAGUAAGUUCAUUUCGAAAAUAAUCGAAGAUGUUGGCAAACCAGUGUGACUUCUCCUGGAAAGUUCGUUAAUCGUGUGAUUUAAAUGAUUCAAGCACGAUUACAUUCGCCAUAUAUUUACAUGUCUCUAGAUUUCCAGGCUGGUUCAAAGUCCGAACGGUGCCUUAAGCCGAAGCUGCAAACUUUUGUUAUUACAAAAGAAACGAUACAACGAGAUAUUCGUUGCGCCUUAAAAAUUUACUCGGUUAAAUAAAGCACAAGGAAAAGAUAGAAAAUUUAUGAUAAUGCGAUGUGUUCCGGAUUGUAAAUAAAGUCGUACAAUCGAUUUAUCUAUUCGAUCGUUAGUCGUGAUGGCAUGUGUGUGGGAAAAGUGCGCAGUAGUUUUUUUUACAGCAUGUGAUAUUGACUAGAAUUUAUAAUACUUAUGUAACGUUGUAAAAAGAAGAAAAAUUAAUAAUAAAUCGCCCCUUUUUUUAUAAA